UGAUUCACUUAGACAACCCGGAAGUCAUGUUUGUUUAUCUCGGUAAAAGUGCAAACAAAUUUCUUUCUGCGGUUUUUAUUGUAAGGGUCUCGUUAGUGAACUUAAGCAUGGGCAGCAAGUCGGUUUUACCUACAAAAGAACAAGCUCUUAAAGGCAGAGAAGAGAAAAUGGUCGUGGCAGCGAAACAUGCAGCCACAGGGAAGCCCACAGUAGAGCCAUUUCCUGAUGGGACAGAGAUGAUCAUGUUUGGUAUGGGCUGUUUUUGGGGUGCAGAGAGACGCUUCUGGACUCUUCCUGGUGUGUUCUCAACUCAGGUAGGAUACGCAGGUGGAUUCACCCCCAACCCUACCUACAAGGAGGUGUGUACAGGUCUGACGGGUCACACGGAAGUGGUGCGAGUGGUCUACCCUCCUAAAGACGUGAGCCUGGAGAAACUGCUGAAGGUGUUCUGGGAGAGCCAUAACCCCACUCAAGGUAUGGCUCAAGGGAAUGAUAAAGGUACACAGUAUCGCUCUGCUAUCUACACAUACAGUCCAGAACAGCAGGAGCAAGCCAUGAGGAGUAAAGAGGCCUACCAGCAGGCUCUGAAGCAGAAAGGUCUGGGUGAGAUCACCACAGAAAUCAGCCAGAACACUGUGUUCUACUACGCUGAGGAUUACCAUCAGCAGUACCUGCACAAGGUGCCUAAUGGUUACUGCGGGUUAAAGGGCACGGGGGUCACCUGCCCUUUCAGCUCCAACAAGGAAGAACUUUGACUCAGAGGCCACUGGAGAGCAUGUCUGCUUUUCUAACUCAGGUGUUUAUAGCAGGUGUGAGUGAGUGAGAGAUUAUUACAAUACAGGAUAAUCAUGAUUAAUAAAAUACAGGGAAUGUAUAAUGUAUGAAUAAUUAUAUCUUUACAUGCAGUACAUUUGAAAUCACUGCUGUGUGUUCUAAACAAAGGAAGUCAAUUUAAAGGAAUAUUCCAGUGUUUUUCAGGCUGAUCUCUCUUUCUCUCUCUCUCUCUCUCUCUCUCUCUCUCUGUGUAGCAUCUGACACACAUAUGUGGUUACCACAGAACAAAAUUUCAAUGUUUCUCAGUACAGACAAAAGAAUGUAAUAUUUCACAUGGUCAGAUUUUAACAUUUUCUACUAUAUAUGGUCCUUCUGUGGUUUCUCUACAGGAUUUACCCUUGCUUACCCCCAAAAGUGAAAAAAGAGAACAUUAAAGAUUUAAUUCCAGUUCUGUUUAAAGAUGCCACACCUACUUCUACACUUACAACCUAAUUUACUUUCAAAAUUACUGCCAACGUUUCCAGUGAGAAAUAAUUUCUCACUUUGAUUAUCAGCAUUAUCCGCAUCAAUCUCCGUCUCAUCACCUGAGGUAAAAGUCACUCAUGGCUUUUAAACACAAGCCUCAUCCUCGUCUGUUCAGUCAGCUGAUCACUAUUCAUGCUAACAUCAGUGUAGAAAUAAUCACUGAUUCAUUCAGUCGGUAAUUUCACUAUGGCAUAUAGCUAUCCAAAGAUUUGACUGUGAGGAAAUCAGACUUCCAAGGUUUUAGACAUCUGUUAAACUGGCUCCUUACACAUAAGGUUAGAAAGCAACCUAAACACAAACAGGUAAAUACAGUACAGUAGAGAUGUCAAAGUAUAUUAUUGGCAGAAAAAUUUCGAUAUUUCGAUUUCCAUGAAAACUCAGUUUUUCAUCCUUUUCGGCAGUUUUGUAGAAUUUAGUCGUAUGGACGUCCAGCAUGUUUUAUGCAAAAUUUGCGUAUAAUAGUAGUCUAAGGGAGAUUGUUGAAUUCCACCUAUAUGUUUGUAGUGUGUUAGUUUACGAUGUGAAUUCAACACUAUGUUACACUCUAACUAUGUUACACUCUAAUAAUGAAGAAUGGCUUAUCAAAGCUGCUCAUAUGUAGUUUUAUCAAGCUAUUCAACAAUGAACAAAUAAAGUAAAUCCAGUAAUUUACACUUAAGGCUUUACAGUAUCCAUAUGCCAUCCUACCAAUAACCGCAUAACCACUAGUUCUUUCCUUAUGAGUCAGCAUUUUGUGUAAACAUUUGCUGACUUUCCUAACAACUGCCAGUUCCAUUUUUUUUUUUUUUUUUUUUUUUUUUUUUUUUUUUUGCGUAAACAGGUUUUCUGUUCUUUUCUCAUUAAAAGGAAAAGUUUCUAAAUUCUUGCCUGUAGUAAUCCUAUGUGCAUUACAUAUGCAGUAGAUAGAGAUUACGUUGAAAAACACUGAAAUAUUUCUUUAACACUGAACAGAGAUUUAAGAGGAGUUAAUUAAUAUUAAUAUUAAGAGGCUAUAUGGUUCAUCUCAAUUAAGUAUUCCACACUAAUGAUUAUUUCAAAAGCAAUGUGAUACACUAAAGUGGAAACUGUGGUGAGACUUGAUUCUGUGGAACACUCAGAACAGCUUCAAAUUUGCCUAAAUAUUUUUUCUCUUUGCUUUUUGUCUAUAAUUAAAAAAAUAAUAAUAAUUGUAUGCAGAAUAUUAGACCUGAUGUUCUUGGUGUUCGCUUUACUGUGUUCUCUGCUCUAACACACAUGAACUAAUUGAUCAGCUCUUUACUGGGGUGUGUUAAAGCAGCAAAAACACACAUGGUGUGUUCUAUAUUUUACAUUCUACAUUUCUGUCCUAUGUGCAGUGGUGAUUUUAGCAUGCAGGGAAAUAACAAUGUGCCUUGAAAAAGUAGCAUGUGCAGCCUCAAAAUGGUGUCUAAGGCUUCAAAACCAGAAUCUAUGUCAGCAUAAUUCAAUAAAUGAUCACAUUUCAUUAAGAUGAAA